AUGAUUGAAGACAGCUUCGCCGUCAUCCUCCUGUCCCCCACCACCUCCACUGGAUCGAGGCUGCAGCCCAGAACAGAGCCAGCUUUCUUCACCACGAAAACCAACAGUACUCAGCUCCAUGACACAACCCAAGCCAACAGAAAUGGCGUGGAUAAUGUGGCCUUUGAAAUUGAGGAGGAAAACAUCUAUGAAUGUGCAAGCAUCAAAAAUGAGGAAUCUAAAAAGGGACUGAGAUCAUACUUAAGCCAAGUUUCUAAACCAUUUACUGUCACAGAGAAUUACAUGAAGGCUCACUCAAACACCAUCAAAUAUGUUGUGCUGGGCAUACUCGGAGCAGGUUAUGUUGCAUUCUUCAUUGCGGCCUGUGUGCUGGACUUCCAGAGAGCCAUUGCUCUUGUGGUCUUAACCAGUUUGGCUGUUGUCUCUAAAUCCUACGAUCUUUUGAAGAAAUACAAGGGAGACAGCAUCAAGCAGUGUUUCAAACCUGCGGGAAGAUGGUUCAAUUCAAACUUGAAAUGGAUAAAAUGGGUUUUUAUCAUACUGGUCGUGGGCCUGUUGGUGGUAUGGCUCGCUGUUGACACGAGUAAGCGCCCUGACCAGCUCAUCUCAUUUGGAGGUGUGUGCAUGUUCAUCGUGCUCGUGUUCCUCCUCUCUGCACACAGGACUGAGGUGUCAUGGAGGCCUGUCUUUUGGGGUCUUGGCUUGCAGUUCUGUAUGGGACUUUUCAUUAUAAGAACAGAUCCAGGAUUUAUAGCUUUCAACUGGCUUGGAAAGCAAGUGCAGAUAUUCCUUGACUACACAAAAGCUGGAUCAUCUUUUGUUUUUGGAAAUCUGAUCACAGAUAUUUUUGCAUUUCAAGCUUUGCCCAUCGUUGUGUUCUUCAGCAGUGUGAUGUCUGUCCUGUACUUUCUUGGGAUAAUGCAGUGGCUCAUUUUGAAGAUCUCAUGGGUUAUGCAGAUAACGCUGGGAACCUCCCCCACAGAGACCUUGAGUGUUGCAGGAAACAUAUUUGUUGGACAGACCGAGGCCCCACUGCUGAUUCGCCCCUACCUGAAGGACAUGACCAAAUCCGAGAUCCACGCUGUCAUGACCGGUGGAUUUGCCACAAUUGCAGGGAGUGUAAUGGGGGCGUUCAUCUCAUUUGGGAUUGAUGCAUCCUCCCUGCUGUCUGCCUCUGUGAUGGCUGCUCCUUGUGCCUUAGCCAUCGCCAAGUUGUCUUACCCUGAGACAGAAGAGAGUCAGUUCAAGUCAAAGAAGAAUAUUAAAGUGGCUUGCGGUGAUGAAAAGAACAUUUUGGAGGCUGCUAGUGGUGGGGCAUCAGCUUCAAUAGGUCUUGUUGCUAACAUAGCCGUCAACUUGAUUGCCUUUCUUGCCAUCCUGGAUUUUGUAAAUGCAAGUUUGAGGUGGCUGGGUGGCAUGGUGGGAUAUCCCACAGUCACAUUUCAGAUGAUCUGCUCUUAUGUGUUCAUGCCUGUGGCCUUCAUGAUGGGAAUACCAUACGAUGAGUCUUUCACUGUGGCAGAGCUGAUUGGCACCAAACUCUUCCUCAACGAGUUUCUGGCGUAUGAGAAACUGUCACACCUGAAGGACAACAGGCUCAGUGGACUUGAUGAAGUUAUUAACGGGGAAAGGCAGUGGUUAAGUGUCCGAUCAGAAAUUAUAAGCACUUAUGCACUUUGUGGGUUUGCCAACUUCAGCUCAUUGGGCAUUGUGAUCGGGGGCCUGUCUGCAAUAUGCCCGCCCAAAAAACGCGUUGUCUCAGAUCUGGUGUUGAGAGCCCUGUUCACAGGAACCUGCGUAUCUCUGGUUAAUGCUUGUAUUGCAGGGAUUCUUUAUGUUCCACCUCUCGAUUGUUUGGAGGUGUUCAGGACAUCUGUUUUCAACACCACAGAGACGAACAUUAAAACCUGCUGUGACGAUCUCUUUGGAAGCACUAUAAACAACGGUACCAUCUCCUUCGAGGGGUCAUGGGGCACAGUAGCAAAUGUCACGCUUUUUUUUACUAAGUGUUGUAGUCUUUUUGAUGUACCUGUUUGUAUGUAGCACAUCCUUUGAAAUCAGUUAAUGAAUAUACAACUAUAAGGUUAUGUACAUAAAGAAGUUUUUACAAUUCAAUUAUCUUUUAAUGUAUUUAUGUCUGUCAGUACUAAUAUAAAAAUGUGUAGACUCAUACAUUGUCUUGAAUUCCCAACCAAAGAGUAAAAACAUACUUGAAUCUAGCUGAGGAAAAAUUCAUAAAUUAACAUUCAAAUAAAUGUAAAUGUAAAUGUUUCACAUGACAAUUGAAUUGCACUUUAUAAAUCAAUCAUCACUGCUAAUUAUGUAUAAAAUUAUAAAUGAUUAGAAACGUCUGGAAAUGAAAAUGUGUCAUGGUUGGACACCAACGUUUUGCACUUUUAUUUGUUAAAAAAAAUCAGCUGACAACAUACCAAACAUCAACAGUACACAUUGUGAACACUCCCAUUUAUUUCUCUUAUUCAUUCACUCUC